UCCAACACUUGUAUAUAUAAACAAGAGAUUCAACAAUGCUUAACAAAGCCAAAAAGCAUUACAGAAGUAGAUGCUUUUAAAGGCAGGAAGUUUUGACCCUCGUUCACGUACAGCCAACUCAUCACCUUGCCCCUCGUUCUAUCCCUCUAUAAAUUAAGAAGCUUAAGUCCUGCAACCUCUCUCCCUCCCUCUUCUCUCUCUCUCUCUUGCAGGGGAACACCGUAUGGCAAAUCGUUUCUCCAUCUACCAUGGGAGGAAGACCCAAAUCUUAUUGAACGUCUCCUUCCUCGGUCUCUUUAUCUUCUACCUCGCAACCCUUCUCUCCCCAUCCCCUCCCCUCGAGUUCAGUCUCAAGCGAUCACAACAGUCAGAUGACAUCCAGGACCAAUCCUGCACGUCCAUCCACAACCACAAGGACCAUGCCACCAGCUGCUCCUACAUCAAGUCCCAUAAGAGCUGCAACUCCCAAGGUUACAUCGAUUACCUUGCAAUCUUCUACUGUUACUGUGGCAAACACCCCACCUUAGGCUACAUCCUCUUCGCCGCAUGGCUUCUCAUCCUGUUCUACCUGUUGGGCAACACUGCGUCGGAGUACUUCUGCACUUCUCUGGAGGACUUGGCCACCUUGUUAGGACUCUCCCCAACGAUUGCAGGCGUAACUCUUCUCUCCCUCGGCAAUGGUGCACCCGAUGUCUUCUCCAGCAUUGCGUCCUUCGUUAGCGCCGGAGGAGGCGAAGUCGGCCUCAACAGCGUGCUCGGCGGCGCAUUCGUCGUCUCCUCCGGCGUAGCCGGAAUCGUUGCAAUUUCCGUCAGUUCGAGCGGCGUAUCUAUCCACCGGUCGAGCUUCAUUAGAGACGCCUGCUUCUUCCUGGUGACAAUCGCUUCCGUCCUGGUGGUUCUCGUGGUGGGAAGGAUCAACCUGUGGGGCGCUCUGGGUUUCACCACCAUCUACGUCGUCUAUGUUUCCGUGGUCUAUUUGUCCGAUUAUCUCCACAGGAAACGCGAGGUGGCAAUAUUGCUUUUUGAUGAGGAAAACGGUGGUCUCAAGGCACCACUUUUAGCAGCCGGUAACGAGUUCAAAACGCAUCCACCGGCAACCACUAGCGCUGAUGGGGGAGUUCGUAACUGGUUUUCGCGGUCUAAGCCGCUAGCCCUUCAGAUUGGUGCAGCCCUUCUGAUUCCCCUGUCACUGCCAAGAAGGCUUACGAUCCCCGUGGUAAGUAAAGAAAGGUGGUCCAAACUGUUCGCGGUAUGCUCGGCGUUCUUGUCGCCGGUGUUCCUUGCGGCGAUAUGGGGCCCAAAGGGCGCGCAAGCGCGGCUGACUGUUUACGGCAUCGGGUGCGGCGUGGGCCUGGCGAUGGGGUUAGCCGCCUGGAUCUUGACCGAGGUUUCGCACCCACCAGCGCGAUUCGUAUUCCCUUGGCUGGUUGGUGGUUUCUGCAUGAGCAUGGCUUGGACCUACAUCAUAGCGGAGGAGUUGGUGGCGCUGCUGGUUGCGCUGGGGAAGAUCAUCGGCAUAAGCCCUACCAUGCUGGGGCUCACGGUCCUUGCCUGGGGGAACUCGAUCAGCGAUCUCAUUGCCAAUGUGGCACUGGCGGCCAACGGCGGGCCGGCCGGCGCCCAGACUGCCAUGUCUGGCUGCUACGCCGGCCCCAUGUUCAACACCUUGGUAGGGCUGGGCGUGCCAUUCGUGCUCAGAGCCUGGUCCAGCUGCCCGGACUCAUUUGUCGUGCCGCAAGACCCUACGCUCUACGUGACGCUGGCGUUCCUCGCCGGCGGCCUGCUUUGGGCACUUGUCAUGUUGCCUAGAAGGGGGAUGAUGUUGGACAAGUUCGUAGGCAUUGGGCUUUUGGCGAUUUAUCUGUGCUUUCUCUCUUUUAGAUUUUCCCAAGCACUUGGUGUCCUUCGGCUUCAUCUUGGUAAGGACCAUGAAUGAAUGAAGGCGUUUAAUGCAGGCCUUUCUUGAUUUC